UAAAAAAACUUCACUGAAGUCAUAAGCAAGUGGAUUUGAAAUCAUAUUAAGCUAACACAACACAGGCCUAUCCGUUGGGCAGGGCCCAGGCAGAGCCUGGGGGUGGCAGGUGCACUGGAAAUCACGUGGUCAAGUGGUUGAGCCUUGUGGCCAGACAAGAAAGGCCCCUGCCUCUGCCUAGGAAGCUCUGCUGUUCUUAUGGGAGCCAUGAAGCUGAACGAGAGAAGUGUGGCCCACUAUGCUCUGAGCAACUCCCCAGCAGACCACAUGGGCUUCCUGCGCACUUGGGGGGUGCCAGGGACUCCACCUAACCCCAGUGGCACUGGCCGAAGGUGCUGGUUUGUCCUCAAGGGCAACCUGCUGUUCUCCUUCGAGAGUCGAGAGGGCCGGGCCCCUCUGGGGCUGGUGGUGCUGGAGGGCUGCACGGUGGAACUGGCAGAGGCUCCUGUGCCUGAGGAGUUUGCCUUCACCAUCUGCUUCAACGCCCCUGGUGUGCGUCCAUACCUGCUGGCUGCUGAUGGACCUGCAGCCCAGGAGGCCUGGGUGAAGGCGCUGUCCCGGGCAAGCUUUGGCUACAUGCGCCUGGUGGUGCGUGAGCUGGAGAACCAGUUGCAGGAUGCCCGCCAGAACCUGGCUUUGCAUCGCCACUCAUCCUGGAAAAGCCGCUGUAAGACCCAGGCUCCUGACCAGCUGUCUCGUGGCCUGGAGAACGGCUACUCCCUCUCCAGGGAUUGCAGCCCUAUGGGCUUGGUGGAAGUAGGGGGCAGCAGGCCUGCCGGGCGGAGCUUGGCUGAAAGUGAGUUGCAGGGCCCUGCCAGCUUCCUCCUAGGCAGGGGCCAGAGCCCCGUGUCCCCUGAGACCUCUUGCUUCUCUACUCUGCACGACUGGUACGGCCAGCAGAUCCUGGAGCUGAGGCGGGGGUGGCUGCAGAGAGCCCAAGGGAGCCAGCCAAAAUGUGAGGAACAGGAUAGGCCAUGAACCUGGGCACUUUGGGUUCUGCCCUUAUCCUGCUGGUCAGGACACCAGGGCCAAUUCUUUUUAGGAGUUUGAUGUUUACUCAUUUCCAAAGUUGCUCUUUCUGAGGGGUCUCCUCCAGUUCCAUAUCUACCCUCAUGCCUGCAGAAGACUGAGGAAUCAUUACUUGUAACCCCUUUAUUUCCUGAGGACCAGAGAGCAUAGGUGGCUUGCUUAGCAGUCACAGAGUGAGGCAAGUGUUAGACUGUCCCUUUCGUAGGGGAUAUUAAUGAAAUGGAGAAAGUAGGGAAUUUUAUGUGCCUAUAGGCCACCUUGCCUUCAUCUACAUGCCAGACUCAACCAUUUCCAACAUGGAAGUCUUGUUUGCAUUUAAAAACCAGAAGUUGGCUGCAGUGUUGGCUUCAGACUUACAGUAUCAGAGAAAGUGGAUUUAUUAUAGCAUGGGGGUUUCUGGGCCUCAGCUCUCCCCGAGUGGUGGGAAGACUGGGCAUGUGACCCCCAUCUACAGUCUGGGAAGGGCCCUUUGGUGGCAGAGGGCCUUCAGCCAAUACAGAAGGAUUUAUUCUGCUCAUAAAGUGUUUGUGCCUCGUCCUCCUUCCCCCUCUUCCUGCCUAUCCUGGCAGCAGAUGGUGCUGGACAUUGACCCAGGAAGGGCUGGUAUCUUUUAUGUCAGCAGACAUCCUUGCUGCGUUUGGUCCACAGCUGCCAGCUCCUGAGCUGCCAAGUGGGAAGCUAAAGAAGAGGUGGGCAGGCAGUGUGGCUCCCAAGGAAAGCCCGUUUUAUGUUGGUUCUCAGUCCUGAGCAUUCUAGGAGCUUGGGCACAGGAUUGCUGGUGCCCUGUGAUAAAGUCUCUCCUGCCUGGGCUCCUAAAGAGGUGUUCCUGCUCCUGAAACCACCUGGGAACUUGUUCACAGUCCUGCUUGUCAUCAGUGUGUACCUGCCAACACCCUCAUUGCUACUUUCAAUAGCAGGCCAGGUGUUUUAUUUUUCCAUUAUUCUGGGAGGCCAAGUGGCUGGCUCUGUAGAGCCAGAGGCCAGACUAGACUGAUGCCCCAUGGGCAUGGUGGCAGUGGCUAGGCACUAGAUGGAAGGCUAGAUGGAAGACGCAAAGCUUGGGCAGCACACCCCCACCCCCAAUAUACACAGUCUGUCCCUUCUUAGCCCCUCUUUCUCCUACUGGGGCCUUGGGCAGCCUGACCAAGGUCCAACUAGGCCUAGAGGCCUCUGAGGCUCAGAGCCUCUUAAGGCCAGGAGGCUGAAAUGCAGGCCCACGGUUCAGGACUGGUUCCUACCCGCCUUGUUUCCAAAGAGGAGGAGCUGCCUUCCCAGCCUUCCCCAGCCUCAUACCGAAGCUCCACAGCCCACUGCACCUUGUUUUAUAUGGGCACUCCAGGCUUUUAUCUUUCUUAUUGUUACAGUAUUUUUUGUACGAUUAAAACACUACGUGUUUUGGUGGGUCGGUGUGGCUGUGGAUUGAACACUGUCCCGUGGACUGAGAGGUCCCAGUCAGGGCACAUGCCAGGUUGCAGGCUCCAUCCCUAGUGGGGCCAUGCAGGGGGCAGCCCAUCGAUGUU